GUGAGCUGCCUGCUAAUGGGCCCCCCCCCCCCCCCCCCCGAGCUGCUCCCUGGGGGCUGGACAAGGCUGGGAUUGUUCCCUGGCUCCCUUUUGUUUCACUCGCCGCCCAGGCCUGGCCCGCCUGCCACUCUCCCUCGCGGCAGCCUGGCUGGCGGAGCCUGGGACUCUGCCGGAGCGGCCCUGGGCCCGUGGACCCACAGGCUUGGGAGCGCCCCCUCCCCCCGAGCUCUGGGUGUUCUGGGAAGACGGCAUCAUGUCUGGGUACCGCCGCCCCAGCAGCUCCGCCCGGGACUGUGUCCUCAGCUCCUUCCAGAUGACCAACGAGACGGUCAACAUCUGGACUCAUUUCCUGCCCACCUGGUACUUCCUGUGGCGCCUGCUGGCGCUGGCGGGGGGCCCGGGCUUCCGCGCGGAGCCCUACCACCGGCCGCUGCUCGUCUUCCUGCUGCCCGCCUGCCUGUACCCCUUCGCGUCGUGCUGCGCGCACACCUUCAGCUCCAUGUCGCCGCGCGCGCGCCACAUCUGCUACUUCCUGGACUACGGCGCGCUCAGCCUCUACAGCCUGGGCUGCGCCUUCCCCUACGCCGCCUACUCCAUGCCGGCCUCCUGGCUGCACGGCCGCCUGCACCAGCUCUUUGUGCCCGCCGCCGCGCUCAAUUCCUUCCUGUGCACAGGCCUCUCCUGCUACUCCCGCUUGGCCUGUGCUGGGACCGGGGCCACAGCUGCGGGCGGGAGGCGCUGAGCUCCAGCCACACCUACCACCUGCUCUGCGCGCUGCUCACCGGCUUCCUUUUCGCCUCGCACCUGCCCGAGCGGCUGGCCCCCGGGCGCUUCGACUACAUCGGCCACAGCCACCAGCUGUUCCACAUCUGCGCGGUGCUGGGCACCCACUUCCAGCUGGAGGCGGUGCUGGCUGACAUGGGGUCUCGCCGCGCCUGGCUAGCCGCGCAGGAGCCCCCCUUGGGCCUGGUGGGCACGCUGGCCACGCUGGGCCUGGCGGUGGCCGGGAACCUGCUCAUCAUUGCCGCCUUCACGACCUCCCUAUUUCGGGCCCCCAGCACGUGCCCCCUGCUGCAGGGUGGCCCGCCGGAGGGGGGAACGAAGGCCAAACAGCAAUGAGCCUGCCCUGGGGAAAGGCAGAGGCCAGGCCCCCCUCCCCUCCCCAUGCCGGGGAGGAGCCCAGAAGGGGCACAUCGGAGCCUGGGGCCAAGAGUGACUGAGGGGAGGGGGCACAGGAGAGGAGGGCAGGGGGCAGGGGGUGCUGGCCAUGAGCAGGAGGGGUCAGUGACGGUGCUCUCAGGGGGCUGGGGCAAGUGCCGAGGGUCUGAGAAGGGCAGUGCAAGCGUCCGGGGCCGUAGCGCCCCGGCUGGAGGCUGGGAGGGGGAGGCGCUGGGCCCCGACACCUGGUCCCUUCCUGCCUGCGAGUCUCUGCUGAGCCCAGGGGGGGUCACUAACACGACUAACCUAGGCCUGCCUCGCGUGCUUGUUGCGCCGAGGCCCGCUGGCGCCCUCGCCUCCCAAACGGGCUGUUUGCCCACAGGGAUGUGGUCUGUCGGUGCUGGUCACAGCCGUGUGCUCAAGGUGUCCAGGACCUUGGGUCUAAAUUUGGGCGUCGUGGCUGGUGCAGGGGCUUGUGGGGGGAGGGGUGCUGGGCUCCAGGGGGGAAUCCUAAUAAGACUUUUAGGAAGCUGCUUUCGACGCUUCCAGAUGAGGCGAGUACAGUACAAAUAAAUAAGUCAACAGCGGACUUUGGGAAGCACUUUCUGGGACCAAAGAGCUCAUACCGCCCCUCUACUCCCGUCCCCGCCCGCACCUUCCCUUCCCUCCCCUCCCUCCACUCCCACGCCACGGAAGCCACGGACGUCCACGGG